AUGCCCUACCACCGGGCCGUCUCGCCAUUCAGCCUUGAGACAUACGACCCUUCCGCGGACGAUUUAGUGAGCGAUGAGCUACCAGCGUCGGACGAUGAGCUCACCGAAGCCGAGCGCGCGGCUAAACGCCAGAGAAUUGAGAAGCUGGCGGAGUCAUAUCUCCAGGGCCAGCCGUUGUUCAUUCUUUCUGCUUCGCUAAAGGGCCCGUUUGAUCAAGGGUGGCGGAAUCCGUGGAAAAAGGACCGCAGGGCUAUCGUUAAUCAGCAGGCGAAGAAACGCGGAAAGAGGGCUAUACAAAGUGCAGGCCGCGUCGUACAAGAGACCGACUUGCGCAAUCCGAGGUAUCGCGAAGAUUUAGCUGUUGCUGCACCGAAUCCUCCAGCUGCUACACACAGGACAGUACAGUCACCGAGUGCGCCGGUUCCAAAUGCCAGUUCCCCGAUUACGUCUCGAUCAGCACAGAAACGGCCUCUGCAAGCGGCAACCUGCGACGAACAAAAUCGAACGACACCACGUUCGAUCAAGAAACCGAAAGAGACGACGUCCUCGUGGCGCACCAGUGACCACUCUUUCGCUGCUGGCGGACUGGCAGAUUGGCUGAAGAAAGACCGGAAACGAUCGAAUUUCACGCAAAUUGAGCCUCCCAGCUCUCCGACUCCAAAAAUCGCAUCUCGACCGACGGAUAAUAAAGGUCGGGGUGGUACUUUGCGUACUCUGGAGGUGCGGGUUCCCGCAACGCCUUCACGGAUGAGGGGUUCGAGAAGCCUUAUAGUCGGUCAGGAGACAAUAGCGACUGAGCGCAUGGAUAUCUCGCCGGAAUGUCCUCGUUUAACGGCGCCGGUGGACCAGAGUCGUGGCCCGAUUGCGGAGAAAAUAUUGGCACCAGGGCAGUCAACAACGCAUCAGAGUUCUCCUUGUGUCGAUGCUCAGGCCGCAUCAUCGUUUCGUGUUAUUUCUUCAACGUCUCAGUUGCCGCGGUUUGAGUAUCGACGAUGGCAUCAGGAGAACAAUAGCCCCAAGGCACAAAAACAGUCUCCUGUUAAAGACAUCGGUUCUGCUGUACAGAAUACUUCUGUCGAGGUUCCUGCACCUGUUUCAACCGCUGCCGAAGAAGAAAUCCCGCAAGAUCUGUCUGCUAAAGAGACUGUCGCCGAAGUGCAAGAAGCUCCUGUAAUUUGCACACUUGAGAAUGCCCCCGUUACUGGCGCUGAAAAUGAUGCCUCCGCUGAGAUGAAUUGUCCAGUGGAUUCUGACGCUGAGAUGAAUUGUCCAGUGGAUUCUGACGUGCCCGUUGUCACCGAGCAAAUAGACGACGCAGUUGUUGAGCCAGACGGUCCGGAGGAACCGAACGAACCCUUGGCUAAUGACUGUUCUAACGGUGCUAAUGAAAAUGAACCCGUCCAAACGUCAAAGGACCUCAGAUUCGUCGAUGAGGCAGGUAUUUCAACUUGUAUUGAGGAAGAAAACCAAUUGCAGACUGAGCAAAAUACCUACGAGAAUUUGCCGUCUGCACAACAUGUACCUGCUCCUCUAGGAGUUUCAGAUCGCAUACCAUCUUUACAUUCGACCGCAAUGCCGAGGACAAAUCCGGACCAGAAUACGGAAGAGAGUUCGGACACACAGUUGUCGACGCAGGCCGCUUUGCUUCAUGCCCAAAGGUCGUUCCAGGAGGAUUUGGAAAGCCCCGAGCCUGAAUUCAUCCAACCCGCAGAACCGGAUGAUACCGUGUUAGGGCCUGACGAGGAGUCACUCCUGGCACAUGAAACACCAUAUGGUCCGCAGGCCUCCGAAGGACUGUUAAAUCCUAGCUUGCGGAGGUUGUCGAAAGACAGGAUACAGGCUAUGAGCACGCAAUGCAUGAUCGAUGCCGUCACUCCGUAUACCUUCAGCACAGAAAAGAAGCAAAAGGCUUUCCGAGACCUCUCGCCCGAUAAUCUCGGCGAGAACAGAUCUGAAGAGCCUCGCAUCACGGAUCGCCUAGCCCAUUCACCUAGGAUGCCCUCGCCUUCUCAGGACCACGACUAUCACACAGCCCAUUCGAGUCCCCACGACCCUGAUCAGGGCCCAGAUCCUACCACUACCCACCGUUCGACCACGCAAGGGACCCUCCUGCCGUUUGCUCUGAGUGGAUCAACGCCCACGACAGCCCAGGAUGGACAAGGUGCUCCCCAGGGCACAGAAAGUUUCGACCUCAGCCAGGCCAUCGCGGACGCUGGUAGUUGGUUGCAGCAGAGUUUCGACUUUAUGAAGGACAUCAGACGUUCCAACCAGCCUGCAAGACCAACAUAG